ACGAGGGGAGCGAGGACAGGCACACAACCACCACACCACCUCCUUCAAACCGAAGUCUCCGAUCUUUCACUUUUGCCGCCUUGCUUCAGCUUUGCCUCUUCCAGCUUUGCGUGGAUCUUACAGGUCUUUGAACCCUUGUCUUCCGCUGGGCGAAAAAAAAAAGAAGCCCAAAAAUAAGGGAAAAGAGAGAGCGACGUGCAUCACCUCCAUCCAACUGGUUUGGCGUCACUGCGUCUGCGUCUCGCCUACCCCAGCCUUGAAGCAGGUCGGAACGUCGGAUCGUCACUCCUUUCAAGACGCUAGCUUGGUGUCUCGUUCUCUUCGCGAAUCAAUCUGACUCAGUCGUGGCUUGCGUCGGUCUUUCUCCUCUUUUACUUGCUCAAACCAGGGCCGUAGAUCGUACCUGAUCUGAAAGAGAAAGAGAGCCAAGGCAGAAGUCACUUCAGACUAGUUGUUUGAAGCGAAUCGGUAGCUGCCGAGGACAAACACAAGCCCACAUUUUCGUGUGUUUAUCGUACCAUCAACGACACAAACGCACAGACGCGAUAGCAGAGUAAGAGGAACAGCACUUGCUCAUCCUCUGUUCUAUUUCUGCAAAGUCUACCACCCUACCUGAGGCGGAGUUACCGUUCUUCCCUUCGCACGGGCGCCAAACCGUAUACUAUCAAGGAUUGAGUCCCAGGUACUUGCCCUCGGGAGUCCCUUUAUUGUAACCCUACCACGCGAGUCCGCCCUUCGAGAAGCAUUCGUUGUUGGGCUACCCCGGUCUUUCCAACAAAGAUUCCUUCAGCCCCGUGCUGUCUUUGUCCCAAGUUUUCCCCGGUCCCAUUAUCAUAAAAACCUGUCACCCUUCAAGACGGACGUUCUUCCCCCCUUCUUUCACAAUGUCAGACCAAACCCCAGCCCAAGAAGAGUUCGCCUCUUUCCUAGCCAAGAACUCCUCAACCAAGUACAGCUCCCAUCCCGAGGAUCGAGACGAUUACCACGACUCCAAGGCGUUCCACUCAGACGGCCAAGCAGACAGCGAGGACGAAGACGAAGAAGACCGCUUCCGCAACGCCCAGAUCGAAGCAGCCAUGCGCAUGCCCACCAUGGACUCGCGGACCGAGAUCCGGCUGCCGCCCGCCGGGUUCGACGCCGGCGCCGCCACAGGCGUCAAGGGCGUGAUCGCGGACGCCCGAGCCUACGAGAAUGCCAAGCGCAGCGCCAAGUGGAAGAACAGGGUGCGCAGCGCGCGGAGGAGUGUGUUUGGCGGCGGCGGUGACGCAUCUCCAGAACAGCAGAAAAGUGGAAGCAGAAAGUACAGCGAUGGUGCGGGAAGCAGCGGGCUGGACAGCGAUUUCGGGAGCGAUGCGGGACUGGAUAGCAUGGACGAGGACGAGAAGGAGUUUUUGGAGAGAUGGAGGGAGAGUAGGCGGCGCGAGCUGGAGAAGAGCAGCAUGAACCCGGCUUCGAGACAGAGGAGGACGAGCCCCAGCUCGAGACAGUUUGGCCGGCUGGACAAUGUGGAUGCGAUUGGAUACUUGGAUGCUAUUGAGAAAGUGGGACCAGAGACGGCAGUGGUGGUAUUUGUUUAUGAUCACGAGUGCCCUGUCUCAGCAGCAAUCGAGAUUGCUCUCCGACCAAUCGUCCAUUCCCAUCCCGCCAUCCAUUUUAUCAAGGUUCACUACGCCGAGAUGGAGUUCGACAACGCGGCCGUCCCGUCCAUCCUGGCGUACCGCAACCAGGGAGACCUCUUUGCGAAUCUCACGGGGCUGAUCGAGAUGAUUCCGGACGAUGAGGAUUUCGACACCGACACACUCAAACGGCUUUUCGAGAGGCACGGCAUAUUGCGAAGCCAAAGGGGAGAGCCUGCCGGAUGGUGAUGUGCUGCUCCUGGAUUUCCCAGUCAGUCAGUCAGCCAGUGAUGCCCUUCGGACCUUGGUCGGAGCUGUUCUGUUCUGUCUUUUCUUGUUGGAAGACGGGAAAGACGCAGUGCUUGCACUGAGCCGUCCGUGUGAGCAUUUUGCCCAUUUUGUUUAUGGAAAUUGCGUGCUCUUGUGUCCUCGAUGACACCGGCAGAUACGGCAGCUGUCCUAGUUCUUUGUUCUGCCGCGGCAUGCGUAGUCCAGAUUUCAGGGCGUGUUGGUAUACCUAGGCAGCUCUAUGCAUACAUCAGGCUUCGACUACUGAACGGUUUCCCCCAGAUGGACUUCCGGCGCGAGCGAUCAGUAGAGAUUACAUGACCUUGGGUUUUAGUAACAGUGCGCUCAGCUCAUGCCCUGGAGGCGUGAUUGAGGCAGGCAGAUGGACUGGUACGAAGGGGUACGAAUACAUGGUAUUUUCGAAUGAGGAAGAACUGAAAUGAUGGUCAUGUCUGGACGCUAGAGAAGCCAUACUUGGUCUUCGGAGUUUGUAUUAAUCGUUACUGGUCAAUCUAUAUACUUAAAAUUAUAAUCUGUACGUAGAUAUACACAAUCAAACCUUUGGGGGCUAUACCAGUACCAAUACGCAA